AUCCCAAGAUUGCAGGUUCGAUUCCAGCUUCUUCCUGUCACAUGUGCCCAAACUGUGUAUGACUGCGACUGGGUGAACGUGGCUACAGCGUGAAGCACUUAGAGUGAUAGUUUACUGAUCAUGCCUGGCCUCCGGAUCCCCCUCGAGAUGUACCACUCCUGUCUUUCCAAGUGGAAUCAGCUGGAAAGUCCACCGCCCACGCCCCAAAUCUAACCCCAGGGUUUGAAAUAACUCUGAUUGGCUGUUUGGAAAUCCUUGCUCAGCUGAUGUUGAUGGUUUUACUAAAGCCUGCAAACAUGUUUGAACGAGACAAGUCGGAAUUAUAGAUCAGCUCUCUUCUUCCUCAGUUUGAUGUGUUACUGCAUAACUGUCCUGGUAAAUGUUGCUCUUAUUCUGAUCAUCAUCUUGGAUAAUCAACUUCAUGAACCAAUGUAUAUUCUGCUGUGUGCUUUUUGCAUUAACGCGCUUUACGGAACAGCCGGUUUCUAUCCCAAAUUUCUGUGGGAUCUGCUCUCUCCUGUUCAUGCCAUCUCUUACUCAGGCUGCCUUCUUCAGGCGCAGGUGUUGUACUCCUUUGCCUGCAGUGAUCUGUCCAUCCUUGCCCUCAUGGCAUACGAUCGGUAUCUAGCUAUAUGUCGACCACUGAAGUACCACUCUGUCAUGUCAGUGCAAAGUGCCAUUAAGCUGCCAUGUUUUUUUUGGCUGACAUCAUUUUUCAUCGUCGCAGUCAAUAUUUUUCUUACGUCCAGACUGAGGUUAUGCAGCCCAUAUAUUAACAGACUUUUCUGUGUGAAUUUGAUCAUUGUGUCACUGGCAUGUUUUCCCAGAGACACAUUCAUCAAUGGCAUUGUUGCAAACGUUACAAUAAUAAUAUAUAUAUUUCAUAGUGUCUUUAUUGUAUGGUCUUACAUGUAUAUCAUUAAAAGAUGUAUCAAGUCUAUAGAAAACAGGGCAAAGUUCAUGCAGACAUGUGUGCCGCAUUUAAUUGCUUUAAUCACUUUCUUUCUGACUGUUCUUAUUGAAAUUGUUAAUGAUCGACUUGGAUCCAAAGACUUACCUCAGACACUGAAAAACUUUAUUGCAGUAGAAGUUCUUGUCAUCCCUCCCCUCAUGAAUCCACUCAUUUAUGGUUUCAAGUUGACCAAAGUAAAGAAAAGAAUUAUCGAGUUUGUUACAUUAAAAAUGAAAUCGAUUUAAUCGCACGCGUGUUUCGGAUGUAAUUAUGAGCAAUAUUUUCAGAACCUGCCAUUACUUUUUCUUAAAAAAUAUGUGCCUCAUUUAUCCUUGAAUGGUUUUGACCAGUUUGCAUGCAUAACAGUUUGUUUAUAGCAUAAAUAAUUUUUUCCCACGUGUGAUGGUGAACCAGUUAUGUCUGCUUAAAAUUUAAUUCCAUCGUUGCUCUUGUUUGAUCCAAAAUGUUGUUGUUUUUUUUGUUAUUAGUGACAUGCAAUGACAGAGAUCUCAUCUCACGGCUAAGAUGUUGACCUGUUUAACAGAGUAGUGUGCUUCCGGGAGGAGUCUGUCAGCAGAAAUUUACUGUAGAGAGAUGCAUAUGGCAAAAACUGAAGAAAAAUGUUUCAGCUGUAAUCCAACUUACUCUUUCUUACUGAUAUUUUAAAUCACAAUAUAUAAUUGUCCUCUUUUGCAAGCAAUUCUUUGAUAUCUUUGUCAUUAAUA